CGCGCAUAACAUUAUCUUAACCGGCGCAGUUUGUUCACUUUGGGCUCGCAGGUACAAGUACAACAUUUUUCCCUCUGCACGAUCUCCCUGGCGUCGCUUUCUCCGGCAACAACAAAACCAAACAGAAAAAACAAAACCCCACUUUCAUUUUCUCUCUCUCUUUCUUCUUUCAAGUUCUUUUUCGGUUUCUACCUCCCAGGACAUAGUUGUCAGUUCAAUGCUUUCGUAUUUUUUUUUCUCUUUUUAAAUAGUAUAGUAUUUAUCAGAAGAUGAAUGGGGAUGAGUCAAAAGUAAGAAAAAGCUGGAGCUUUGCUCGGGAUCGAUGCUGGCCCAGAACCUUCCCUUUUUUAUUUUUUAUUUUUUGUUAACAUUUAUUUUCUCUUGAGAGUAUUGCUGUUUGGCUAACGGGAAAAUUUCGUACUACGUGUAAGGUAUUUUUUGAGCAGGGUGCCUGCGGAUUCUGAAUCAGAAAGCGGAAAAGGGAACUAAAUUCCUCUCUGAUUAAAAAGGGUGGUUUUAUAUAGUUUUUCUUGAUUGCUUAAUUUUAAUGGGCAUGAUAGGUUACAUUUUCUGGUGUGGUGCUUGAAGAUUUCGCUAAAACUAGCUCGAAGAACUAUACAAUCUUGCAUCUUAUGCAAUCUAUGCGAACAUGAAACUUGAUGGUAAACAAGUAUUUUGCCAAGGAACUAUUGACCAUAAGCCCGACUCCAAACUUUUUGGAUACAACAAUAUUGCUUUAGACUCGACUGGACUUCAGUCUGGAAAUGGUAUUGUUAAUGAAGAUCAGUAUGGGGUCUUCAGCAGUAUGAAUGGCAAGGAAGGCAAUGCAGAUCAAGUAAAAUAUGCCGUAAAUGAAGAAGACAAUUGGCAUGCCUCAAAACUUGAUGGUUCUAUGGGUGUGGAUGAUUCAACAAGUGAUAAUGAGAAAGAAGUACGAGAUUUUGUGGCACCAACGCCAUUAACUCAUUCUUCACUGAAAAUUGAAUCAUUUGAGAAGAACAAAGUUUUCUAUGUAGACAAAAGUGUUAUGGAAUCUGAACUUCCAGAGUUGGUAGUUUGUUACAGGGAUAGUGCUUACCAUAUUGUCAAGGACAUCUGCAUUGAUGAGGGUGUCCCCUCCCAGGACAGGUUCUUGUUUGACCCUGGUGUAAGUGAGGAGAAUCUGUGCACGAUUCUACCUCCUGAGGACAUAAAUAGUGAGAUAGCAAAAGAAAGGGUUAACCUAGAUGCCUUUAUUCCAGAUGAUAUGAAACCUUCAGCAAAAAAAGAAAAAUCGACUCUUUAUUUGCCUAUUCCUGAUGUUCUAAUAUCUACUGAAGAAAAGGGUUCCAAAAAUGAAUUUUCUCUUGAAUGUGAUUUCAAGAAGUUGAUCCCAGUAGGGGAGACAGAGGUUGAUUCAAAAGAGGAAAUUGCAAAUGUUGCAUCUAAAGAGAUUUUUUCAUUUGGGCAAUUGCUUUCAACGCCAGAGGUGGGCACAGAGCUUUCACAACCUGAGUCUACUCAUAACAGCAUUGGUGAAACUGAACUACAGUCUGUUCAGAGGCCAUGUGAAAACACAAUCAUGGCAACGGCUUCUGGCUGUGAAGAAUCUGAAAAUGGCAAUGAGCAAGUAUUAUUGGUGAAUCCUGUUGUAUAUGCAGCUGAAGAAUCAGAUUUUGGCCAUCAGGAAGCAGUCUUGGGAACUCUUGCCCUGGAUUCUACAGCUAAGGCGUCAGAUCAUGGCCAUGAUGAAACAGUCGUAGCAAGUAAUGCUCUGAAUUUUACAACUGAGGGAUUAGAAAAUGGCAGCAGUGGUGAUAAAAUGGCAAGCCAUAAUGGGGUUUCUGUGUCUCAAUCAACCAGGAAAAUUGAAGGUGAAUCAUCUUGCAACAAUAGGGUGGAGACUAAAAUUAUAACCUUUAACUCUCUCUCUUCACCACCAACGGCAAGUGGGGGAGAGGAUGAUUCUCAAAAUUGUGGUUCAGGACGUACUGAGACUUGCUCAUUCCUGCCAGAAGAGACAAGCACCGAGCCAUUAUCAAGUCAACUUCAAUACAGCCUUGGGGAGACAAGUUUCUCUGCUGCAGUACCUCUAUCAGGUCUGAUAAGUUAUUCAGGGCCAAUUGCAAAUUCUGGCAGUGUCUCUCUUAGAUCAGAUAGCAGCACAACCAGCACCCGCUCCUUCGCAUUCCCCAUAUUGCAGUCCGAAUGGAAUAGCAGCCCUGUAAGAAUGGCGAAAGCUGACCGUAGGCAUCACCGGAAACAUAGGAAUUGGAGGGAGGGCCUUCUUUGCUGUAGAUUCUGAAUGCUUUUGUUCUGUCCAUAGGGUAGAGUGAAAAAAAAAAAAAAAAUACAUCAUCACAAAUGAUUAUGGUUUAGGCAGUAGCAUAAAUAUACCUAUUUGUCUUCUCUAUUGCUUGGGAUGUAAGUGCAGUAGGCUUAAAUUGUCAUUGUUUAUAGGUUUGAUCUCAUGCCAUGCUAUGCCAGUUGAUCUAUAAGCAAUAUUUUAUAAUUUUGUUAUUAUUUGAUCUCAUUAGCCCCCAAUAUUUGGGGAUCAAUUUUAUGUGCCCUGCUUGUUGCCAAUUA